AUGCUCAGGACAGUCAAGGUGCCCCAUAAAACAGUUCUUUUUGCACUUAGUGUUCUUCUUAGGACAUACAACAUAGCAAACCCUAGCUCAGUUGUCUUUGAUGAGAAUCACUAUGCAAAAUUCAUUCUAAUGUACAUAAAAGGAGAAACAGUAGUAGAUGUACAUCCACCCCUUGGAAGACUAUUAGUCUAUGGAAUCACAAAGAUCUAUCUACGCCAUAUAAAUGUACCAAAUGAGUUUGAUGAAGCAUCUGUCUCCAUAGGAAAGACAUAUGCAAAUACAAUACUAUCAAGUGCCUACAUUAUGCUUAGGACUGCUUCUGCAAUUACUUCAUGCAUUUCUGUUGUUGCAGGGCAUGAAAUACUCACAGAACUCAACGUAUCAAAAGGCAGUGCCCUUCUGUUCUCUACUCUUCUUCUAUUUGAUGGCUCUAUGUUCAGUAUAUUCCGUCUAUUCAUGAUAGACAGUUAUGUUCUAGCAUCAAUCAGUCUUAUUCUCCUAUCUCUCCUAAAAAUGAACAGACAAAGGUAUCUUCUACAACGCAUCUACAGGUCACAAAAAGGUAUCUUACAAGAGAUCAAUAUAUCCCCAAAAGAUCACCAUUCUGCACUUACACCCAUCCUCACUAACUCUAUAAAAAAUACCACACAGAAGCAUAUGAAUACAAAAAAAGAUGAAGAAAGGAAAAGAACCAGCCAUACGGCAAACAAGUUACAGAUUGCUUAUAUUCAUGGAAUAAAGUGGUCGGUCAUUCUGGGCAUAUCCCUGGGAAUUGGCUCUGCAUUUAAGUGGGCAGUUCUUCCAAUGGGUGCUCCAAUUGCUCUAUACCUUUUAACAGACUUAAUCACAGCAAAAAAAAAGUCACUUUCGAAAAGGCGUCUGUUGCUUCCUGUUAUACAAGGCACCAUAAUCCUUCUUAUUUCCAUAGUAAUAUACAUAAGUACUUUUAUCGUAAAUUUCUCAGUCCAGAACAGAUCAUCUGAAAAGACAAUCCACUGGCACUCCUUCUCCUAUAAUGCAUCCUUCAUUAACUCCCCGUAUAUAGAAUAUGUUCAUGAUACUAUACCACCAAACAAGCUUAUUACCAUAGCCAUCCCAGAAAUAAGCCAUUUUCUCACUGUAAGCAACCAAACCUUCUCAAUUAGCAGGGUACCCAGUGCAGAGCCAGAGUGGAAAAUAAUACCACAGAAAACAAUGGAGUAUGGUAUGCCCGUGUACAUACAGCACACCUCAGGGCUAUAUCUUAGCACAGAUCCAUCAUUCCUUUCAUAUACGCCAUCAGUUCUUUACAUCUCAAAGUACAAGAAACACAUCGCCAUUAAAUCACCCAGUGGUUCAUAUUUAAACCUGUCAGAGACGCAAAGUGCCACAUGGUCACCCAUCCUGCAGCCAGUAGUUCUACUGCAAAAGCGAACACCCACCCAGCAGACAGACAGCACCAUCCAUGGUACUCUAGCAGACACUAAAAGAACCAUUAGAAAUAUUCACCCCCAUAGUAGUAUAGAGUCAAUUCAAAAUAGCACAAAAAGCAGCCGUAUAUGCUCAUCUACCAUAGAGCCAUCCUCUCUAAUAGAGAGAAUUAUUGAGUCAAACAAAGUAAUGUACCUUUGCAACAAGACAGUAACAGGUUCACAUGCAUAUAAAUCACUCCCUGCUGCAUGGUUAUAUAAGCAGAAUAUAAUACACCUAUGGAGUGGUUCUGUCUCUGAAUUUACAGAUCCGCUGAGUAGUCGGUCCAUAGAAAUAUUUCUAGUGCAAAAUCCAGUUCUGCUUAUUUCUGCAUCUAUUGGUCUUGUAAUUUAUCUUAUUCUUGUUCUUACAACAGAACUUCCCCAGGCACUUUCUCACUUUCUUGUGCUCACAGCCUAUGUGUCAAACUACCUUCCAUACUUCCUUAUUGCAAGAGACAGAUAUAUUCACCAUUAUAUUCCAUCCUAUUACAUUUCCAUUCUUAUCUUGGGAGGUCUUCUAUACAGAUGCAAUUACAGUGUGCUCCUGGUGUGUGCUGCUGCCAUAAUGCACUUGGUGCAACUUCCUAUUCUGCAAGGAAGUUCUGCAUAUUUUGAGCAAUGCUGUCUCUCAUUAUACCUCAGCAAUAGACUCUCUUCUUGUGCUGUAUUUCCAUCUAUUCUUGAAUAA